AUGAUUUAUGAAAAAUUAUUAGAAAUAUUGGUGAAGGAAGAAUCUUUCUUGACCUUUCUAGAAGAAAGUAGAUGCUUAAAACCUGUAAAUGAGAAACAGUGUAAAUUCUGCGAUAGCUGCAGACUCUCUAUAAAGUCAAGAAGAAGAGUCCAAAAUGUAUAUUUUUUUCUUCGAUGCAAGUCGUGUCGAAGAGAAUAUACUCUCUCUGAUAAUACUUUUUUUGUUAUGAAGAGGGAAGAAGACGACUUGCUACUCCAGUUCAAACAUUAG